AUGCCUCUUAUACUGGACUCCUCGUCGGAAUCCUCUGGGGACCUCGAGCCCGAUCUCCAGGAAGUGCGCAGACGAGUACAUCACGAAGGCGACGUGGUGAUUGUCGGAGCGGGUGUCGUCGGGUCUGCGCUCGCGGUGGCGUUUGCGAACCAAGGCCGCAGUGUCAUUCUUUUGGAAAAAUCAUUGAAAGAGCCGGACCGGAUCGUUGGGGAGCUUUUACAACCUGGCGGUGUCCAGGCGUUGACCAAGUUGGGACUGCAACACACUUUGAACGACAUUGACGCGAUACCAGUCACAGGCUACACGGUCAUCUACCAUGACGAGCAAGUGUCCAUCCCAUAUCCUGUCAUCGCAGGCCAAUUAUCGAACAAUGCGGGGGCUCAGUCGGGCAAAUACGAAGGACGAUCGUUCCACCACGGUCGAUUCAUCUCGAAACUGCGUGCGGCGGCCUUGACGCACCCGAACAUUACGGUUUUCGAAACAGAAGUCACCAGCAUCAUCGGCGCCUCGCAUAUGUCGCAGAUUCUGGGCGUGGAGACAGUCACUCGCAAGACGGAAAAGGAAUGCUUCUUUGGAUCCCUGACGGUGGUUUGCGACGGCUAUGCAUCAAAGUUUCGAAAAGAAUACAUUCCCCUUACUCCCCGCGUCAAGUCGAGGUUCUGGGGCUUGGAGCUGAUCGACUGCCAACUCCCGGCUGCGUUCCACGGCAACGUCGUUCUGGGCGAUAACUCGCCGGUCCUGCUCUACCAGAUCGGCACGCACGAGACUCGGGUAUUGGUUGAUGUUCCUGAAGGUCUACCGUCGGCGUCCCCGGCGAACGGCGGCAUCAAAGGCCACCUUCAGAACGUGGUUCUGCCGUCUUUACCGCGAGUGGUCCAACCUUCGUUCAAAGAGGCUCUGGAAAAGGGUACGUUGCGAAGCAUGCCGAAUUCGUUCCUGCCGCCCACGACCAACAAGACCCCCGGGCUCAUGAUCCUGGGCGACGCCCUCAACAUGCGGCAUCCGUUGACAGGCGGAGGGAUGACGGUCGCGCUUAGUGACGUGGUUCUCGUCUCGGAAUUGCUCUCUCCGGAAAACGUGCCGGAUCUGUACGACACGCAGCUGGUGCUCAAACAGAUGCGUUCGUUUCACUGGCAACGGAAAACCCUCACUUCGAUCGUCAACAUUCUGGCCCAGGCACUCUACAGCCUCUUCGCGGCCGACGACUGGCAGUUGAAGUAUUUGCAAAAGGGCUGUUUUCGGUACUUCCAGCUCGGCGGCAAAUGCAUCAGUGAGCCGGUCGGGUUAUUGGCGGCCGUCAUCCAUAGGCCUUUUGUUCUGUUUUAUCACUUUUUCAGCGUGGCGUUGUACAGUAUUUGGAUCUUGUUCAAGGAGAAUGGAGUGUUGAUGUUCCCUCUCAGUUUGAUACAGGCGGUAUUUGUGUUUGCAAAGGCGUGCGAGGUGAUUUUUCCGUUUAUUUUUGCCGAAUUGAGGAGUUGA